CUUUUUAAUUGCUACAUGCAAUCCUGGAAGCUUACCCAGUUUGUUUCAUUUUGUUCUCACAAUGCUUUUCACUUGUUGAAUCAGGUGAUUCAUUGUACAGAGAUGAUGAUAAAGCAAACCUUGUGGGAUGCCAUGCACACUGAGCAGUCUAAUUUAGAAGCUGUGAAGAUUGCAGACUCACUGCCAAGGAUAUGCAUAUUUUCUGGUCUGACUGGUGAGGAGAUGAUGAUGUUCAUCAAUGCCUUCCCAGAAACUGGAUUGGAACCGGCUGCUUUUGCUGCACUUGUUCCUAACAGUUCAGAGAAGGUUCUCGGUGAGGUGAUUGAGGAAAUAAUGGGAGACCACGAGAUGCUGACAGGAAAGAACACUGAAUGAAGAGAAUCUAAAGUAGCAAAUGGGCAAAGCAGAAGGACAAGGCCUAUGAAGAACAUUCAACACUGGGAAAACCAUGAGACGAUCUCCUGAAUUCACCAAGUGUUAGACUGUUAGGAUUCUAGGAUUGUUAAUGCAGACCAGUAACUCUUUUUGGUACGCGUAGAACUACAGGUAACAAUGAUAUGAACCUGCUGCAUACUUUGUGACAACUUUGCAGUCUGAAUGUCUGAUACAUACAUCUAA